CCAGCACUCCACAAACAUCUUCCCCAUUAACCCUGGGUAAUAUAACAGGCCCACCUACGACAUCAGUUGAAUUUUCAAGUACAUUACAAACUACUCCAGAAAUCACCAGCACUCCACAAACAUCUUCCCCAUCAACCAUGGAUAGUACAACAAGCCCAUCUACGACAUCAGAAACCACCAGCACUCCACCAACAUCUUCCCCAUCAACCAUGAGUAGUACAACAAGCCCUUCUACAACAUCAGAUUUUCCAAGUACAGCAAUAACUAUAACUACACCAACCAGCACUCCACCAACAUCUUCCCCAUCGACCAUGAGUAGCACAACAAGCCCACCUACGACAUUAGAACCGACAACUACACCUGCCACCACUCCACUCACCAGUACUCCACCAACUUCUACCCCAUCAACUAUGAGUACUACAACAACUCCAUUAAUAACUAGUGUUGUUCCAAGUACAACAAUAAGUACAACUACACCAACCAGCACUCUACUCACCAGCACUCCACUCACCAGCACUCCACCAACUUCCCCAUCAACUACGAGUACUACAACAACUCCAAUAAUAACUGGUGACAUUUUUCCAAUUACAUUAACAACUACGACUACACCAAAAAUCACCAGCACCCUAUCAUCCCCAUCAACCACGAGUGCCACAACUCCAUUCAUUUCUGCUAAGUUAUAA